AAACAACUUGCCCCGGCCGCUCACUGCGCAUAGCCCUCUCGGAGAUAUUUCCGCCAGCAUCGCCAGCAUGAACGCGGACUCACUCAACGGUCGAUUAUUGUUCGCCAUCCCGAAGAAAGGCCGCUUGCAUGAGAAGUGUCUUGAGCUCCUUGCAGGUGCGGAUAUACAAUUCCGGAGACACCACCGGCUAGAUGUCUGCCUAGUCAAGAACCACCCGAUCGCCCUUGUGUUCCUACCCGCGUCCGACAUCCCAUCUUUCGUCGGCAAGGGUAAUGUCGACCUCGGCAUCACUGGCCAAGACGUCAUCCUCGAAGCGCAGAUGCAGGAGCAUGUUACCGAAGUCCUGAAGCUCAAUUUCGGUAAAUGCGCCCUGCAGGUGCAGGUUCCCGAGGCAGGCCCAGUCCAGACCGUCGAGCAGCUUGCGGGCAAGCGCGUCGUCACGAGCUUUGAAGUGCUUUCCGGGAAGUACUUCAACAAAAUUGAUGAUCAGCUCAACCUGGCGGGCGAGCAAAAAACGAAAAUCGAGUACGUGGGUGGCAGCGUGGAGGCGGCAUGUGCGCUUGGACUUGCAGACGGGAUUGUUGACCUAGUCGAGUCUGGCGACACGAUGCGAGCAGCAGGUCUGCACGCUAUCGCUACGCUGCUCCAGUCCGAGGCGGUGCUGAUCAAGUCCAGCACGCCGAAACACCAAGCACUGGAGCCCGUCAUCAAACUGAUUACAAGCCGAAUUGCCGGCGUCGUCGCAGCAGGGCGCUACGUUGUGUGCGAGUACAACAUUCUACGCGUACGAUUACACGACGCGACGACCAUCACGCCGGGACGGCGCGCGCCGACGAUCAGCCCGCUUGAGGAUGAGGCGUGGGUGGCGGUAAGCAGUAUGGUGGAAAAGAGCCGUGUUGCGAACGUUAUGGACGAGCUGGUGAAGAUCGGUGCGGAGGACAUUCUGAUCUUCAACCUGGAUAAUUGUCGCGUAUGACGUGCCGGUGCCCGCGCUCGUUGCAUAUAUUUAUUACACAUUACACAUCAUAUGCUUAGCUGGCCGGGUGCGUGCCCUUUGUCCAGAAAAUUGAUAAGAUUUCGAUCGAACGC